AUGAAUUUUUCCAUUGAUAAAAACUUGCUGCGGACGAAAGCCACGUAUUUUAUACUUUUUUUGGGCAUUGCCUCAUUAUGGCCUUAUAUUCCGGUAUUCAUGGACAUGCUCAAAUUCUCUUCUACACAAAUUGCUAUUGUAACAGUCAUUCCAACUAUAAUAUCUGGAGUGAUUAGAUUUUUUGUUGGCUACUUGGCCGAUAAAAUGAGUAAAAGAAAGCUGAUAUACGUACUGAGCUCUAUUUUGUCUGUGGUGUUUUUUGUAGCAAUAUAUUUUUUGCCAUAUAAUGAAAAUGAUUUAGGGAGAAAAAUUAGGGAUGGGAAUAAACUUUGGUAUUUCUGUAGAACAAACUCAACUGAGGAUGAUUCAAGUUACUCAUUCACAAAUCAAGAUGUGUUUCUACAUAUUGGAUCAUUUAAUGCCAAUGGAUUAGAUAACAUUCCGUUUACCGGUGAUGAAAUUACUUUGGUUGCAAACUGCCAGUUUAAUGAAUCAGACAGCUGUGAUAAAAAUAUGAUCAACGAUGCAGUGACAUUCAAGUUGAUACCAUCUUUAGAAAAAAGAGAUUUUUAUAAUGCUAUGUUUAAUUCAACAAUCCUUGAACAUGUAAACGGUAGCUGCUUGACUUUUGGAUCAUGCACAUUCUCCCAAACAGAAAAACAUAGAGUUUAUUCCAAAACUAUCUGGUUGUUUUUCGUACUUUUCUUGUUUGCCCAAACCCUCUUCAGCCCAAUCUACAAUAUUUUAGAUAGCAUUAUAUAUUCCUACUUAGCUAGUUUGGAAAAAUUGAAAAAUUAUGGUAAAAUUCGACUUUGGGGUACAAUCGGUUUUGGAUGUGGUGCUUUUUUUUCUGGAACUCUAAUGGAUAUCAUUCCAAAAUGUUAUGGAAGGAUGGUUUAUCUGAUUAAUUUUGUUUCAUAUUCAGUCUGCUUGCUGUCAGCUGCUCUCUUAGUUUCGUUAUUUUUGAAAGAAAGAUAUCCAACUAAAGAAUCGAAGAAGAGUUUUGAUAACAAAGAAAUAACUGACAAUAGUAAUCAUAUGAUUAAAGAAAUUUUAGCUGACGGUAAUGAAAAUGUUGAAUUAGCUGACCAGGAUGUGAGCAUAGCAUUAAAAAGUUCAGAUGAUGAAAAAAGGAUAACUAAUACAUCAGCAGCACAUAUAAAUUUUAGAGAACUUUCAAAAAUUUUCAACAACUUCUACCUCGUGAACAUUUUAGUCAGUUGCAUGGUGGCCGGGAUAUUGGCAGGGCCUUUUGAAUUAUUUUUCUGCAUAUAUCUUGGCACACUAGACGAGACAAAUAACAAACAGGUGAUGGGGAUUUGUCUCCUGGCAUCAUGUAUCUUAGAAAUUGUAAUAUUGUAUUAUUCUGGAAAAAUUAUGGCAUUCGUUGGAAGAGCAAGAUGUCUUUACAUUGUAUUUGUCACAUACACAUUCAGGUACAUUUGUUCAUCUCUGAUCACCAAUGUUUGGUAUGGAGUAAUGACUGAGGCUAGCCAGAGCAUAUGUUUCGGUAUUUUCUACCCUGUUAUAACUUCUUGGGCAAGUUCACUUACGCCAUCAUACUUGCAGAGCACUGUUCAGUGUUGUAUAGGGGCUAUAUACUUUUCAUUUGGUUAG